AUAUUUAACUUGAACUUUGAAUCAGUAACUUGUACUCACAAGGGGUGGCGCGUUUGGCGGAAACAACUUCGGGACGCUGCUGCUUUUGAAGGGAGAAAAUGCGCUUGUGCGGUUGAGAGCUCUUUCGUAAAGACAUGUAUUUUCUACGAUGUGGAUUCAUUGAAAGUAAAACUGUUCUGGAGUAAAACAGUGUUUGGACGUGCCUUCAGGAGAGCAGUGCUGCCCUGAGCACCGAUGAACGUUAUUAACAGAGACUUCAGAGAAUGGGGAAUGUUGAAGAGGAGACUCUCUUGGUCGUGUGAAUGUUCAGUGUUUAUCUAAACAAUGGAGGAUAACCCAAGCAGUAUAAACAGCAUUAGUGACAGCACCAGCCAAACGGCAUCAGAAAGCAGCUCCAUCAGCUCUGAACCUCAACCAGAUUCUCAGAUUGGUGGAGGUGAUCUCCUUCCAAGGGGGCAAAAACCUUCUGAACUGAGAAUCUCGAGUUAUAGUGUAAGUGAAGGGAGUCUGACUCGCAUGCGUAGGUCCAGACUGCAAAAGCAGCCUGAACUUCUAGGAGCACCAGAAGCUCAGGAGAAAGGCUCUCUCACCCCUGCCAUGCGAAAAAAGUACCUGAAGGACUUAUUUUUGAACUAUAAGUCACACACUGGACUGUCUAGUAUAUUGUCCCUCAAAGGGGAUAGCCAGUGUUCGAGGGAUGGGGAGGACGUAGGAGGAUACAGCUUGGAGGACACUAGCAGUGGAGCAUUCUGGGCUUUGGACCCCCUGGAGCAUGCAUGGAUGUUGUCUGUGGUGGAUGGCAACUAUGAUACCAUGGUGGAGUUUCUCUCUGAAGACCCCAGUUUACUGACCAGAAGGGACUUUGUAAGCGGUUAUACGGCUCUCCACUGGUUGGCCAAGAACGGGAAACAUGAGAUGUUGAUAAAACUUCUGAAACGCGCUGAAAAAGAAGGUUCUCCGGUUAAUGUGAACAUAAAAGGUAGUGGGGGUUUUACACCUCUUCACGUUGCCACCAUGCACAGACAGUACAUGGUGGUGAAGAUUUUAGUGGGAGCAUUUGGUGCCAACAUAGAUGCCAUGGACUACAGUGGGAAAAGGGCUUGGCAAUAUCUCGGAGAAAAUGCACCACCGGAGAUGAAGGAGCUCCUUGGUACAUGGGACGAUGAACACAGGUACUGGCAACUGAAUGUUAAUAACAAUAGUGCAGGGGCUGUGGUGUCCUUAGUACAGGACUCACCAAAAAACACAGAUGUUGUGGACUCUGUAAACAGAAGAACUGGCAGGUGGCAGUUUGGGUCAUUUCGAAAGUUACUUUCUCCAUUUUUCUCAGGAGGCAAGAACUGAAAUAUGACUAAGAGUAAGU